UGCCCCACUUAUAUGCACACUUUCAAUCUAUCACCAUGGCCAGGAAGCUGAUCUUUGGGGCUGCUCUAACCUUAGCGACAUUCAGUAUAAUUUCGGGUGCCAACGGCGAAAAUCCCAGAAUUUUUACUGGUGGUUAUGUGGAAAUAGAUAGACACCAGUACUACGUAAAUGCAACUAACUUUAUUACAAAGGAUGCGGCAAGGGCUGUUUGCAAAUCGCUAAACUUGGAACUCGUUUCUUUUGAGGAAAGAAAUAAAUGGGAUGCAAUCAACGUUUGGGCACAGCAAUAUGUUUUCGACGUCCCUUGGUUUUGGAUAGGUGCAGAAAGAAUUAACACCACAUCUUGGCAAUGGGAAGUCUCCGGCAAGCACAUCAAAGACUUUUACUGGGGCCCCGGACAGCCCGAUAUGGAGGCCGAGGACAGCGUCCCUGUUUGCCUCAGUUUAUUAUUAUCCUUUACUGGAUCAGGAUGGUACGAUGGAGUUUGCAACAGAACAAACAAUGCUGUAUUUUGCCAAUAAAAUCCAUAUGUCAGAUCAUCAGU